UCUGUAUCAGAUUGUGUACGGGGGACUGGGCGACUGUUGCAGUAGCUAUUAUAGCCUAUGAUAUUAUAGUCUAUAUUAUUUUAGAGCUAGACGUCCGUCAUUUGCUCUCCAUCUGACUACUGGCCCUCUGGUCACGUAAUUACUGAUUGCAUUGCCGAGACGAUCGACUACGGUCGCCUUUCGACUUACCGAACGGGCGCUUAAAAAAAUUUCCCAAACGUAACCGCCUCCACAACGAUCCUACGCCACCAAGCUUGACUCGACUUUGCAGCUUUCAAAGCUUGCUCAAAGCGCAUUUCUCCGGACGAUGCCGUUUGGCCGUCGGGUGGUAUAGCCUAAGCUCGAACAUACAACUGCGCUUACCCACCUCUCUAGGUGCCAAGCAGUUGGUGAGACGGAACCUCAGACACUCUUUUCGGAAGACACAUACGGCUGCGGAACUAACUGCGCCAUGGCCGACAAACAACCUGAUGAUGUUGAAAAAGUCAUUGAAGAAGCCGUAGUAAAUUCAGAUUCAAAAGAAAAUGAAGGUGGUGGGUGGUGGGAUUCAUUGUACUCUGCAGCAAAGUCUAAAUCUGCUGAAGUAUUGGAAUCAGUUAAGCGUGAUCUCGGUGAACUAACAACAAUAGUCACCACCGAAACUAGCAAUAUUGUCUUAAACACUACAAAUGUCGUUAAAGAUACAUUGCAAUUGGAAAAUCCAGAAUCUACUGCUAAUACCAUGAAGAAAUCAGUAAGUUCGUUUCUGGAUCAAAUGUCAAGUGCAUUAAACCCUUUGCCAGAUGAUGAAGAUGAGGCAAUAAUGAUUGUUGGCUCAGACACAGUUACACUGUCUAGACUACAAGCGCAAAUAUAUACUCUGGCCAAUGAUCAGAAUACAUUUAUAAUGGAAAUUGAUGACCAACUUGAUAAAAGAUAUAAGGCUUGGUUGGAUUGGGUGAAAAGUGGUGAUAGUAGUUUAUUAUCUAAUGAUAAACUCACAAAGAUCUUAAAUGAGUGCACUCCAUUACGUGACAACUAUCAAAAACUUGUGCCAGAUUCUGUUUCUCAUGCUGACUUUUGGUAUAGGUUUUUGUUUCGAAAGGCAUUGUUGGAAGAUGAAGAUGCCAAACAGCAGAGGCGAUCAGAAAAGGAAAAUCGAGAAGCCGAAAGAAUAGAUUUCAACAAAGAGUUAACUCCAUUGUCUGAUAUAGAGCUAUCUGAAAAAGAACAAGAAGAGAUAUUGUCGUCAUAUGAUCAGGAACGAAGAGUAUCAUCAAAGUCCAGCAGUCCUAUUGAAGAUGUAAAAAAGGAUUCAAAAUCAAAACAAGAAGAUGUCCCAUCUAAUGCUUCUUCGGUUACCACUUCAAGUUUGGACAAAGGUAAUUGUUGAAUGUGAUGAGUGUUACUAAGUCACUAAGAUGAAUGGGUCAAAGAUUUUGAUAUAGAAGACAUUGAACCACCCACCAAUACCAAGUGAAUUGAAAAUCCACCAAUUGAACUUUGAUAAUGUUUAGAUGUUUAGUUUUUUUCACGCCUGUCUUUAUUGACUAGUGGAAUAUGCAUGUUGAUCAUAUAAUAAUGAACAUUAUUUUUUUUUUACAUAUAUUUCUA